UUUAACCGCACGACGGCCGCGCAACGACCUGUUGUGAUCCCGUCAUGGCGCGCUACGCCCGUGUCGCUACUCUGGCCGCGUGUCUCUUGUUCGCCUGCGCAGGUGCCGAUGGGCACCGAUGGCGGCGACAAGCUGACGACGCACCGAAGAAAGAGGACAGCUUGGAGCAAGAGCUAUGCAAGGACAAGGACGCCGGCGAAUGGUUCCGCCUGGUGGCCGGCGAGGGCGACAACUGUCGCGACGUCAUCCAGUGCACCGCCUCGGGCAUCCAAGCUAUCCGUUGUCCAGCUGGUUUAUAUUUCGACAUCGAAAAACAGACCUGCGAUUGGAAAGACGCGGUUAAGAACUGCAAAUUGAAGAACAAAGAACGCAAAGUGAAGCCAUUGUUGUACACGGAAGAGCCCUUGUGCCAGGACGGCUUCCUGGCCUGCGGAGACUCCACCUGUAUCGAAAGAGGCCUCUUCUGUAACGGCGAGAAGGACUGUGCCGAUGGUUCCGACGAAAACUCUUGCGACAUCGACAACGAUCCCAACAGGGCUCCUCCCUGCGAUGCCUCCCAAUGUGUGCUGCCCGACUGCUUCUGUUCCGAAGACGGCACCGUCAUCCCCGGCGACCUGCCCGCCAGAGACGUGCCCCAGAUGAUCACCAUCACCUUCGACGAUGCUAUCAACAACAACAACAUCGAACUCUACAAAGAAAUCUUCAACGGAAAGCGUAAAAACCCCAACGGUUGCGAUAUCAGGGCAACUUACUUCAUUUCCCACAAAUACACCAACUACUCGGCUGUUGCGGAAACCCACAGAAAAGGACACGAGAUCGCUGUUCACUCAAUCACAAAGGGACAGAAUAUCGCUCUACACGCAACAUCGCACAACGAUGACGAACGUUUCUGGAGUAACGCUACUGUCGAUGACUGGGGCAAGGAAAUGGCCGGUAUGAGAGUAAUUAUUGAGAAGUUCGCCAACAUCACAGACAACAGUGUGGUAGGUGUCCGCGCUCCCUACUUGCGUGUCGGAGGCAACAACCAGUUCACCAUGAUGGAAGAACAAGCAUUCUUGUACGACAGCACCAUCACCGCUCCACUUUCCAACCCUCCCCUAUGGCCUUACACUAUGUACUUUAGAAUGCCUCACCGCUGCCACGGAAACUUACAAAGCUGCCCUACCAGGAGCCACGCCGUGUGGGAAAUGGUAAUGAACGAACUCGACCGUCGUGAGGAUCCUACCAACGACGAGUACCUGCCUGGAUGCGCUAUGGUGGACUCCUGCUCCAACAUCCUCACUGGAGACCAGUUCUACAACUUCCUUAACCACAACUUCGACCGUCACUACGAACAAAACCGUGCUCCAUUGGGUCUCUACUUCCACGCUGCGUGGCUUAAGAACAACCCAGAAUUCUUAGAGGCUUUCUUGUACUGGAUCGAUGAAAUUCUCCAGAGCCACAACGAUGUAUACUUUGUUACCAUGACUCAGGUCAUCCAAUGGAUCCAGAACCCUCGUACCAUCACUGAAGCUAAGAACUUCGAGCCCUGGAGGGAAAAGUGCGCCGUAGAAGGCAGCCAGGCUUGUUGGGUACCCCACUCUUGCAAGCUCACUUCAAAGGAGGUUCCCGGAGAAACUAUCAACCUGCAAACCUGCGUGAGAUGCCCAGUCAACUACCCCUGGCUCAACGACCCCACGGGUGACGGCCAUUAUUAAUAGAGCCAUGAUCUCACGUCUUACGUGCUCUAAUUAGUUGAUAUAAAAACCUGAGGAGUGAUUUGCAUGGAUAACAUAAGCGCAGUUAGAUCUUUUAUUAUGACAACUAAAUUAAAACAUGAUAUUUCUCAUUUAGUGACUGCAUUGCCAUCAAACUACGAAUGUGUUUUCCAGUAAUUCUCUAAUGUACCGGGUCAUAAUCCCGUCCGUAGCCUAAGUACCUACCUUACUGUAUGUAAUAUAGACUCACAUAAAUAUUUAA